GUAGUCAUGGAGAGACCCGAAGAGGAACAAAAGCAAGAGGACUACACAGUAGGCGCAGGCGCCGGGCCCGGUCAACAUCAUCCGAGUAACAAGGCAAGGACAGCGGCGGAAACGCACCAUGCUUCAACAGAACAGUGGAUGUCUUCAUGGUGGAACAGCCAACAAA